AUGCCUCGGAUUCGUAAAAAAACAUCCAAGCGAGGGACGACCCAUCAGCGUGAAAAGUUGAAGCAUAAGGUCCCGCAAGGCAGGAAGAAAGCUAAGAAAGAGGUUCAAAACACACAAGACGCUGGAAUAACCCACAAGAAAUCCAAAAAAGAUCUUGGAAUUCCGAAUAUUUUCCCUACAAGGAUCAAAUGCUCGCGGAAAUCGCAGAGUCAUGACGCUGCAGAGGAAAAGCAGCGACGCAAGGAUGAAACGCGCGCCGCUCUUGCUGGACUCGAGGAACAUUAA